AAUACAGGAGCUAGUGCAUUCAUUCCUGAAAUAAGGGCCAUAGGGGACGAAGUCUGAACCUGGAGCCAUGGACUGGACACAGUAAUAGCACCUUUCCUGGUCUUCUUUCCAGUGCUGUGUUCGUUUGGCAGAAGAUUGGUUUGGGAUUGUUCACAGCAACUCAGGAGGAUCUGAGCCCAGGAAGAUGGCAGAUCUCAUUGGCUCCAGGGAUAACAUUUAUUACAGUGCAAGUGAGUCCAGCUUCAAUGGAGCUAGCAGCAUGACUCGGCCAAGUGGCAAGGCUAUUUACCGCCAGCGGAAGGAGUACAUUGAAUCUGUGAUAAACAAGCAACACGAAUUUCAUCACCGGGUGGAGCACCUUCUUACUAGACACAUGGAUGGCAAGGAUAUUUGCAAUGUAGAGAAUUGUAUUGAACAGCUGAAAAUGAUGAAUGCAGAGGGCCAGGUGUGGGGACAAGAUAUGUUUCUGCAGGUGAAGAAUCAGAAUUUGCUGCUGACUGACAUUGAGGCAGAGGAGGAGCUGGAUUCUUACCCUCUGGAAUGCAUCCAGGAAUGUGUCUGUGUCCUUGACAGCUGCAUCUAUAAUUCCAUUUUGGCUAUCAUUGUGAAAGAAGUGAAAUUACAAAGGACCAGUGUCAUGCUUUUUCAGUGUGAGCAGAUUGGGGCACAGCUGAUGAAAACCAAACUGGAGAAGGCAAUUGAGGAAUGGAGAGGUGAACGGCAGAAUCAACACUUGCUCAGGAACGAUCUGGAGAACAUGCUGCAUCGACACAGGCAGGCAUCCUUUAAUGACAACCCCCACAAAGACAGAAGAGUAACAUCCCUGAUGGAACUGGAUCAUGCUACUUCUCCAUCCAGAAUACCUGGGAAGAGGCAGGAGCAGCAUCCUUGGGAAGUCAGCUCAGUUCCCAUGGGCAACAAAAGAGAAGCUGAACAGCAGCAGCGGGAUGAGCUUCUAUGGGAUGAUUCCAGGUUUCAAACAACACAGGACACAGGCAGAGCUACUGAGAUCUUGAACCAUAUACUGAGUGACAUUGAGAUCUUUGUAGGCAAGCUGCAGCAGACCAGUGACACACUCAAUGACAACAAGAAAAAAAAGAAGCCAAAGAAAAAGAAAAAUCAGGAGUCACUGCCUCCGGAGCUGGAGUUCAAAGAAUGUUUCCAGAAGAUUAAAUACAGCUUCAGUUUGCUGGCAAUGCUUGAACAUAUACUGCAACAACCAAGUGCUCAGGAUCUGAUUCAUCUCAUCUUUUCCACUUUGUCCACUAUUUUAUCCAAUUGUCCAUGGACCAAACUGGCCCCUACAGUAGACUCACCUUUGCUGACUCCAGCAGCUGUUAGCCUGCUCAAGUGUUCCUUGAAUUCAGAUGAACAGGCAACAUGGAAGAGCUUGGGAGAUGCAUGGAGUCUCACUAGGUCAGAAUACCCAAAUGGAGAAUCUAUCCCACCAUACAUCCCUAUAUUCUCAGAUGGAUGGGUGCCUCCUACACCCAUUGAAAGGAAGGAUUCAGUUCAUCUCAAUAAGGCCCACAAUAGAAACCAGAAUACUUUUCCAGACAGGGCAUCUUAUUCCCCCCAGCUCAUGCAAGCCACAUUUGACUUCCAUGCAAGAAACCCCAAAGAGCUAACUGUCAUGAAGGAAGAUCUGCUAGAGGUUUUGGGUCAACAAAAAAAAUGGUGGUUUGCUAGAAAUUCUGCAGGAGAGACUGGCUACAUUCCUAACAACAUCCUGGAGCCCAUGGAACAGAAGGCUCCCAGGGGGAACAGCAUGGAGCAAGACCUGAAGAGCAUUCCUGAUCUUCGGCCAACUUCCAGUCCAGCAGAGGUCACAGCCUGGCUCAAAUCAAAAGGUUUUUCCAACAUGACUGUUAAAUCUCUUGGUGUCCUGAAAGGAAGCCAGCUUCUAUCAAUGACCCAAAAAGAUUUAACCACAGUCUGCCCAGAAGAAGGCAAGAGAAUUUUUUUCAAGCUUUCAGCAGUUAAAUUAACACUAGAGUAACAUUCCCAUGAAUAGCCUUAUGCAACUUUCUUCAGGCACUUCCAGUGUUCCUUCCAAGAGAUCAUCAUGACAACAAUUAUCAAUUAUCUUCUUCCUAAAUCCCACUGCUUCUCCAAAACACUUGUGCACAUGUAUCCCCCUUUCCCAAACGAAGAUUUCAGAAGAAAAAUUUCUAGCAUGUACAGAAGUUUAGGACAGUUUGGAGUUCAGGGUCCUAACCUGAAUGUUAAUGUAGUCUUCAGAAAUAUGCACUUUGGGGUAAUAUAAUCUUGCAAUACUCUGGGCAGCUUUCUAGUUAAAACCUACAUGUCAUCCUUCUCAUAGGUAGGCUGAAGUCAGGUAGCUUUCUGCUUUAGCUGACACUUGUUUAUGUGCCUGCUAGUGAGAGGCUCUGGAAAUAUCCUAGGGGAAUUCAAUCCCCUCCAUCAGUCUUAUAAGGCUGUAGGGGUUUGGAGUCAUAUGCCAUCUCUCAUCUCUUUCCACACCUAGGAUUUCUCAUACAAAUUAUCUGACUUUUCUCACUAAACAUGCACCAGACAGAACCCUAGUGCAUAUAGCCCUGCCAUCUCUCUUCACCCACUAUCUGAUGGGACUUGAAGGUCUCUGGGCAGGAAUUGCCUCACUUCUGCCUUUGCGUAGCUCCUACCAUGUUAUGGAGGCUAAAGAGCAUGCAGAAUAUGGAAUUUAUAGGCUGUUUCAUAUGGAACAUGGAGCUUCCUUAUUUGUAAGGAUACUGAAUUAUCAAUGGAACAUUACAAUGACUUAACUGAUCAAUAUUCAGUUGGUCAAGCAACAAACUCUAGCUAUUUCAUGCUAGUUUAUGUUGCCUAGUAAAGGGCCAUUCUUUUAUGGAUACAAAUAUUGCAUUUCUAAUGGCUGUGUAAGACAGGAAAUCAUCAGAUUAAGCUGUUUCUAGCAUUGCAUCUCCGUUUGCUCCCUUCCUUCUUUUUGUGCAGCUGCAAGAGGCACAGAGUCUGUCCAGAAAAGCAAUUUUACUAGCCAAGACACUGAGGGCAGCUGCACUCAGAUUGCACAUCUGCCUCAGACACUAUUCUCCUCACUUCCUUUAGUCACCAAUGUCCAAAGGGCAAGCCCCUCUUCUACCUAAUUUUCACUGCUUAAAUCAAUCUCAUAGUUUUCCCAUCAUUCCUGCCUUAACUAGCAGCAGCCCCACAACCUUUGCCGCACCCAUUUCCAAGGCAACUAUCUACUGCUGGCUUGCAGGUACUUUCCUUUUCCUCCCUACCUUAACUAAAUACUUGAAUAUUAAAUCUUGUUUAGCUCAGAAUCAAGCAGUUCCUCCCUUGCUCAUUUACGGGCUAGUUAACAGCUAGCUGUGCAUUUCCUGCAUUGUGCAGGGGUUGGACUAGAUGUCCCUUCCAGCUCUAUGUUUCUAUGUUUGAAUAGUUACUAGCAUUUGAAAAUUAGUUGCUUGCUUCCAUGGGUUCUCAGAUAUAGGAGACUGUUUGAGAUACACCCCAGUACUGACACUUUUUAAAAUACAGGCACAUUCAAGAAGCCCAGCUAAUUGUCUCCUUCAUCCUUGCAAACUGAAUAUGCCCCUUUUCUUAGCUCCCCUUUGAGAGUCUCAUGCACAAUAUCUACAGUGGAAGUUCAUCUAUGCAGUCAAAACUCGAUCCAACACCAAAUUCUUUGCCUCUGCAGUGAGGGAACCCUGUAUAGAAAGGAGGCGUGGCAUAGGCAUUCCCAAGAAUCCUUCAGAUCCCAGAAAUAUAAAGACAAGGAUGACAAAAAGUGCCUUGGACAGACAAAGCCAGUCUUCGAGCCAUCAGCCCAAUCUAAAACCACCAUUCGGUCCUCAUAAAUUUUUCUUCUACGAAUUUAACCUUUGGGAGGAAAUUAACAGUUCUGUACUGGGGCAGCACAGGCUACCUAUGUGCAACACUGAUUGGCUGGUGGCCUUAUAUGAUGUCUCUAAGAAACAUCUUCCCCUAAUCCACAGAAUACAUUUACACUUACAACAAAUGAAAGAGAAAAUGUGCAUGCAGUAUUUUAAAGAACCCCAAAAGGGCAAGAUUCAGCAUUCAUUUCACUUAGAUGCAUGUAUGUGAACCAACUUGCAAAGGAAGGAGAAAGUGAAUUUUUUUAUUCUUAGAAUCCCAAUUCCAUGGUUAUUCUACACUCACCUGGAAUACCUACACAUUGCAGAGGCAACACGCUCAGCAAAUUAAUAUAAGGGGAUGUAUGAAAGGACACUGGAAGAAGACUUAAAUGUAAACAGGAAGCCAAUAGUAAAUCAGUGUAACAGGAAAUCUAUAUAAAAUUACUCCUUGCAUUUGGCAACAAGUAUUUAAAUGAAUUAAGAAAAGGUUCAAAAUUGCAUCUCCAUUUGGUCUAGAAAUUAUCUGUUUGUAUAUGUAGAUUAAGCUAAAAAAAUAUAAAUACAUUCUCCUAUAUGGGCUAUGGAGUAAGUAGCAGCAAAAAUGUUCGUUGUAGUCCACUAGAAACAAACUCAAUCACCCCCUAUAUAUUUGUAACUUGUAAAAACAUGGGGUAAGGCUAAUAGUGUUAUGUAUAUAUUAACAGAAGGGGGGGGGAGUAUUUUGAUGAAUAUGAAUGUAAUGAGAAAAUAGGAGUGAAUUUUAAGUUUUCCAGAAAUAUUCCAUACUACCUUAAUUUUAUCGCUGAAUUGUGUAUGUAAACAUUUUUGUAUUCAGAAAAAUAUAACACUGAAUGUUA